UUAUGAAGUCAAUAAAUACUUAGUACAGUAUUACUAAAACUAGCAACUACUAGCGGUACCAGUGUUUACUCUUAUCCGAUUUCUACAAGCAAAUCACCACAAGGGUUCUGCAAAGAUGGCACUAACCCUCCCAAAUCUGUAUGCAAAAGGUGAUGCUUAUGGGACAAAGUAUCUUGAGAUUAAAACAAAGCCAAGUCAAUUGAAUCUUUCUUUUAGUUGUAGAGCAAGGGCAAAGGCAGCUCUAAGUACUCGUUCGACUUCCAUUGAAGUCCCUCGUCAGUGGUACAAUCUAGUUGCAGACCUUCCAAUCAAACCCCCUCCACCUUUGCAUCCCAAGACUUUUGAACCUAUCAAACCUGAGGAUUUAUCUCCUCUUUUCUGUGAUGAGUUGAUUAAGCAGGAGGCAAGCGUCGACCAGUUUAUUGAUAUACCGGAAGAAGUUUUAGAUGUCUACAGCCUUUGGCGCCCAACCCCUUUGAUUAGAGCAAAGAGGUUGGAGAAACUGCUUGAUACACCUGCACGAAUAUAUUACAAGUAUGAAGGCGGUAGCCCAGCAGGGUCGCACAAGCCCAACAGUGCUGUUCCUCAGGGAUGGUACAAUAAAAUGGCAGGUGUUAAAAAUAUAGUCACCGAGACUGGGGCAGGUCAAUGGGGGAGUGCGUUGUCAUUUGCUUGCAGCUUAUUUGAUCUCAAUUGCGAGGUAUGGCAAGUUCGAGCUUCUUUUGAUCAGAAACCUUAUCGUAGAAUGAUGAUGCAAACUUGGGGUGCCAAGGUGCAUCCUUCUCCUUCUGACCUUACAGAGGCGGGUCGGACUAUUCUACAAAUGGAUCCUUCGAGUCCGGGGAGUCUAGGUAUAGCUAUUUCAGAGGCCGUGGAGGUUGCAGCUACGAAUGCUGACACCAAGUAUUGUUUGGGAAGUGUUCUUAAUCAUGUUUUGUUACAUCAGACUGUUAUUGGUGAGGAGUGUAUAAAACAGAUGGAGGAUUUUGGAGAGACUCCAGAUGUGCUAAUCGGUUGUACAGGGGGCGGAUCCAAUUUUGCAGGACUUGCUUUCCCAUUUAUCCGGGAGAAACUUAAGGGGAAAAUUAAUCCUUUAAUUAGAGCGGUUGAACCUGCAGCUUGCCCCUCGUUGACAAAAGGUGUAUAUGCUUAUGAUUAUGGAGACACAGCAGGCAUGACUCCUUUAAUGAAAAUGCAUACACUUGGUCAUGACUUCAUACCGGACCCAAUUCAUGCCGGGGGUCUCCGCUACCAUGGCAUGGCGCCAUUGAUAUCACACGUCUAUGAGUUGGGAUUCAUGGAAGCAGUAGCAAUUCCUCAGACUGAAUGCUUCAAAGGUGCUAUUCAGUUUGCGAGGUCUGAGGGGUUAAUACCGGCACCAGAACCGACUCAUGCAAUAGCUGCCACUAUUAGGGAAGCUCUGAGAUGUAAAGAGACAGGAGAAUCAAAAGUUAUACUCAUGGCAAUGUGUGGACAUGGCCAUUUUGAUUUAUCAUCUUAUGACAAGUAUUUACAGGGUAGUUUAGUUGAUUUGACAUUUUCAGAAGAGAAAAUAAAAGCCUCACUCGCCAGAAUACCUGUGACCUAAGCUGAUCCAACUCGAGGAGAUAAUGAAAGUAGGACGUAUGUAGAGAGGAGCUUACAGAUUUGGAAGGGCCAUUUUUUUUUUUUUUUUUCAUUGUUGCAUCUGUUGUUGAAUAUUCAUGUACUUCUCUAUUAUGCUAAAACUAGGAUCUUUCACCUGCAUUUCGCGCAUUAUGUAUCUAUGUUAUACUAUGCGUGUUCAAUAAAUUGUGUACUAGUGGAGCUGCUAUUCCCGAAGUACUUGCUAUUGUAAGAACAAUAUAACCUUCUGAUUGGAGUUUAGUUAUGAUUUCUUUCUACAAUAAUAUUUUCCCAGUUCUACCAA